CAGAAACCAGCGUUCCAGCCUCCUCUCCAGCACUUGCGCAUGUCACAGGAAACGUGAACGGGUCGUGGCUCCGAGGCCCCAGCCAGCUCCCUCCUGUCACACACCUCACACUCAGCAAUAAGCUGCGCAGAAGUUUCUAGUACCAGAGGACAGCGGCACCUAGGAGAGAGACACGGGCCUGCUGCCAGGGGAGUUCUGAACAGCAUAAUCCAGCAGCUGGGAGCGCCUGCAGUGGUGGGCUCUGCCCUGCACAGCGGAACCACCAGCUGGGAGCGCCUGCAGUGGUGGGCUCUGCCCUGCACAGGGGAACCACCAGCUGGGAGCGCCUGCAGUGGUGGGCUCAGAGGAGUCCUAGUGCCUCCCUGCGUGCAGGUGGAUUUUGCCCAGCACUGGAGUGACUCCUGCCCUAGGCAGCCUGCUGCAGCAGGAGGGACGACACUGCAGACUCUGCACUGCAUCUGCCAAGCUCUGAGGAGCCCCAUAGCAUCUUCGUUGAGAUGAGAGUCAACUUUCUCUCCCUGCUGCAGAAGGUCAGAGCUGUUUGCUGAGGCCCCGCUGGUGCCCAGGAGUGAUGGGAAGUUUGCCCAGCAGGAGCAAGCAGCUUGUCAUUCAGCCCAGCCCAGCUGCUGCCAUGCAGGCCACUGCCCCCGUGCAGACAGGUAGGAAUCAUGGCCCCCUUGCAGCCCUGAGCACCGGUGAGACGUGGGCUCGGAAUUCCAAGCCUGUGCACAACAGCCGCAUCCUGCAUCCGUCCCAUGGGGCACUGCAGCGCCCCCUGCUGCCCCAUGCCUUCUCUGUCAUCAUGCUAGGCCUGCUGGCUCAGCGCAGAGCCCUAGGAAUCAGCCUCUUCCGUUGCUGGCAGGACACACGCGGCUCAGGUUCCAGCCUGCGGAGCAUCACUGUUCAAAGCCGCCUGAGACCCUGCCAUGUCCUCCAGCGGCGAGGCGGGCAGGGGCCUGGCUGCCCAAUGGCCAGACCCAGCUUCUCUAGCAUGGAGGAGCAGGACAGGGCACCGAAAAACACAACCUCUCACAAGAGUCGGUACCGCUGCUGGGCCAGGGGUCUAUUCCUGACAUGCCCCUUCUCUGGGCACCUGCUGGGAGUCGUGGGCCCGCUCACCCCGGCACUGCUCUGCCCCUCUCACCAGGCUGUGGGCGCUGCCCCCUUGGGCGGGGAAGGGCAGUGCUGUGCGCUGAGGUGCUGUGGUCUCUCGGCAGGUCUGAACAGCUACGUGGCAGUUGCCUUGUGCUCUUUCCCCGCGGGUGGGGAGGCAGAGAUGGUCCUGCGACCAGGCGAGCAGCUGAAUGUCCUAUCUGAGGAUGGGGAAUGGUGGAACGUGGUGUCGCUAGCCACCGGCAAGGAGUGUUCAGUCCCCAGCAGCCACGUGGCGAAGGUGUGGCACAGGUGGCUGUAUGAGGGCGUUAGCCGGGAGAAAGCCGAGGAGCUGCUGCUUCUGCCGUGCAACCGCAGCGGUUCCUUCCUGAUCCGAGAGAGCCAGACCAGGCAAGGCUGCUACUCCUUGUCGGUCAGGCGCACCAACCACUCCUCCUGGGACUCCAUCAAACACUAUCGCAUCAACCGCCUGGAGAACGGCUGGCUCUACAUCGCCCCACGCCUCACCUUCCCCAGCCUGCAGGAGCUGGUGGACUAUUACUCCGAAAUCGGGGAUGGGUUGUGCUGCCUCCUCAAGGAGCCGUGCUUCAUCCAAGGAGCAGUUCGAGUCCCAGCCCAGAACCUGGCCCCACCUGUGGUCGUCAAGAAAUCGGCUCUCAACUGGCAGGAGCUCGACAGCUCGGCCCUGUUUUCGGAGGCUCCACCCCCAGAAGGGGAGUCCCCUGUCAGCCUGGGCCUGCGGGAAGCCAUCAGCUCCUACCUCUUUCUGACGGAAGAGCUGCCCCCGGAGAAGGGCGAGAAGGGCAGUCUGUGGAAGAGUGCCUGAGGGUGCUGUACCCAGCACAUGGCGCCAGGGACCGCGGGGCUGCAGUCUCAGCCAACCAAGCUGCUUCCCCAGCCCCUGGACUUUUACCGCACCCACCCCACCCCCACCAUAUAAAUUAUUGGCCUGAUGCAAAGUAAUUUAUUGCAGCUGCGCUGCUCUGAGCUGUCCCCCCCCGGCUGGCCUUGUCUCAUGCUUGAACCCAGCUGGGUGGCUGGUUGGGUGGGGAGGUCCUGGGUGCUUUGGGCCUGACUCGAGCCCAGCUGGACCUGGAUCCACCGCUCGCCGCAAGGAACCCAGCACCUGCUGCUCGGAGUCACUCUCUCACCUCCAGUGCUGGCAGCGUUGGCUGAGUAAGCUGCUGCCUGGAAAUCCCAGCACACAAACAGUCUCUGAGGACACCUUACUGGUCCCAGUGGCCAGAUGGAAAGGACUUGCUAGAAAGAGGAGUUUUGGGUGAAUUAUAAUGCACAGAGGCCCUGCUAUGUGCUGUGUGUAAGAGAGUUCGAUGCCAGUGCACGUGACGGUCUGACUGACUGGCCUUGCCUAACACUGAAUAUAACAGACAGAGACGGGGCAGAAUCAGCCUGCGCCCCUCAGUCCAGACCUGCAUGGUCCAUACACAGCUCUGCCAGACUCACGGCCCCUCUGAGCACCAGCAACGGCUAGAGAGCUGGGGCCAUCGCCAACUGCAGGCUCCCGUGUGUCUGAUGUCAGCCUGUCAUCGUGGGCCUGCAGCAGCGAAAGCCGAGUGCCUCUCCGCAGAUGCUGCAAAGACAAGCUCCCCUCAAGACAGGCCAUGCAGCCCUGUAAGACACUGGCCCGGCCCAAACAGUUCAUAAAGGGGCCAUGAGCCUGAGGCCAGGAAAUGGCCCCCAAUUACUGGGCUGUAGCUGUCAACUGAAAUAAAA